GCCUUAAAUACGCAUGCGUCGCAUUUCGUCAAACUAAAAACUUUUGGAAACACGCCUCGAGACCCCCGCGCGCUAAUAUAAUCUGUCAGCAGCUUUCAGACACGAGAGCGCGUGCGGUGCGCGCGCAUCCCGAUUGCCCAAACCGCUGUCUUUUGUAGACAGGUGACCAGGUGUUGAGACAGCCCAUAUUCUGCUGACGGACAAUCUGCGCUGAGAGAGAACUUUCCUGAAUUGUAGGCAAAGCUGACUGAAGCCAAAGGGGGGAUGAUGUAACGUUUACAGAAGAAUUUGGAUGUACUGGGGGAAACUUUUGAGAAAACUUCAGGAUUACGUUGGUCCGAACCCAGUUCGACUCAGGAAAUAAUGGAUUGUGUUUCGUAAAGGCAUUACUGACUCUGUACCGGUGUGUCGACGAAUGCAGGUGAGAUGGGGGCCUGUUGGAGAUGGUGCUACACGACGUGCAUCUGUUGCUUGUCUGAAGAGGAGAAAAACGCCAUCGUCAUUCACAAUGAAAUCAAAAGAAUCCUUGCAGAUCAGAAGAAACGGGAGAGAAGGGAAAUCAAAGUGCUUUUAUUAGGCACUGGGGAAAGCGGGAAGACAACUUUUAUCAAGCAAAUGAGGAUCAUUCAUGGAAAGGGAUUUUCGGAAGAAGACAGACGUGGAUACAUUAAAAAUGUCUAUCAGAAUAUUUUCACAGCGAUGAAGGCAAUGACAGGGGCGAUGGAAAGCUUGAGGAUUCCCUAUUCAAACCCACAGAAUGAGGCAUAUGGGCAGCAGUUUAAAAACGUGGAAAUCCGUCAGGUGACGCAGCUAGACAGAAUGUAUGUGGAGGCCAUCCGGCGGCUUUGGGCUGAUGCUGGAAUCAGGGCCUGUUACUGUCGCCGUAGAGAAUACCAGCUUCUGGACUCGACUGAAUACUAUAUGACAAAUUUGGAACGUAUCGCGGCUCCAGACUACAUCCCUACAGCUCAGGAUGUCCUGCGAGUGCGCCUCCCCACCACAGGCAUCAACGAUUACUCCUUCAGUGUGGAAAAGAUCACUCUUAGGAUUGUGGAUGUGGGUGGCCAGAAGUCGGAGAGGAGAAAAUGGAUCCAUUGCUUUGAGAAUGUGACAUCGCUCAUAUUUUUAGCCUCCCUCAGUGAGUACGACCAGGUGCUGGAGGAGAAUAACAAAGAGAACCGCAUGAAAGAGAGCCUGUCGCUCUUCUACACCACCAUCCACUCGCCAUGGUUCGCCGGCGCCUCCAUCAUUCUCUUCCUAAACAAGAUGGACAUCCUGGAGGAAAAGAUCCAGUCAUCUGAUUUAAAAGCCUACUUCCCUGAGUUUCAAGGCAGACGACGGGACAUGCAGGAAGCCAAGACCUACAUCUCCCACAUGUACGAACAGAAAGCCAAGUGUACCGAGACAAAGACGACCAAACAGAUCUACCCUCACUUCACCUGCGCCACGGACACCAAUAACAUCCGGAAGGUUUUCGGUGACGUGAAAGACACUGUCCUCAUCAGGUCUCUGAGGGAAUAUGGAGUGCUCUGAGUGGCCCACUUCUUUUCAGGACGUGCCUUGCUUUUUUGCUGCAGGCUUGAUAAACUGAGCUUGGAUGUUAUUUUGCCAUUUCUAUGCAACCUUCCAUUCCUUUGUCUUUCGCCACGUCUGAUUUUAUCUACUUCCGACAGUCACAAUCCAUUAAUAUUGGCACCCUUUUUUGUUAAAGGGUGACAAAACACAGAUGCUCACUAUGGCGAUUGAUUGGGUCAGAUUGGGUACGGCAAUAACUCAAUACUAAAGAUUCAAUCAGGCUUUAGAAAGAUGCAGAAUUUUUUUAUUGUUGUUUAACCUUUUGCUCCUUUUGUAUGAGAGUAGAGGGGUUUUUUUUUUGUACAUGAGGUUGGAUUUCAGUUUUUGGAGACAUUCUGACACGUAUGCUGGGUUCACAUCAAAUGUGGAAGUAUUCAUUUACAUUUAGUCAUUUAGCAGAUGCUUUUAUCCAAAGCGACUUACAAAUGAGGAGGUAUUCAGCGAUUCAACAAGAAGAGGUAAUACACACAAGAAGUGCCAGUUAUACAAAGUAACUUGUUUUUGCUCAGAGAAUUAAGUGCUAUAGUAAUCCCGCGGUCACAUUAGAGUUUAAGCAUGCAAAAUUCUGUCAUACGCCGCUGCAAAAAGGAGCAGGAUUAAACAAUAUGAUUAAAAAAAGUGAGCGAUUGGUCCAUAUUUAAAAUUUCUGUCCAGAGAGGUCAUGUUUUGAUCUUCGAUUGGUCUCACGCAGUCAUGUGAUGUGAUUUUGCAGGUCAGAGUUCACCAAGCUUGAACUUUCCAACGUAGCGAACUGCAAAAAUUGUCGCACGAACUAACGUUUCCAGUCUGCCGCAUUCACAUGUGCAUGAAUGAAAGUCUAUGGGGUGAAAAGUGCAGUGUGACCACAGCUUAAGAGUGCUAGAGUUUGGUUUUUUGGAGAGAGAGAGAGAGAGAGAGAGAGCGAAGGUGAUUCUACAGGUGGUUUGUCAAGCCCACUCACCUGUGUGAAGCACACUUUAUACAUGCAGUGUUUGUGUCAGUUAACGUAUCAGUGAGAUGAAUGUGUUUUCUAUAGGUGGUUUGUCAAGCCCACUAACCUGUGUGAGGCACAUUCAGAAUUUAUAGUAUUUUGCGUUUGUGUAUGUUGAGGUGGAGAUAAAGAAAAGGGGUCUAGGUUUUAUUUACCAGGGGGUCAGGCGCUCUCAGAAAAGGUGGGUUUUUAGUUGUCAUUUGAACGAUACCAGUGAAUCCGCAGUCCAUGUGGGAAUGAGAGGAUCGUUCCCCAGUGAGGAACAUUGAAUGAAAAGGUUUUGGAAAGGGACUUAUCACUUGGGCCAGACAGAAUAUGCGCACAUUUUUUGCUAUUUCUGCUGAGAAUUUUGUAAAAAAUCUGCGGAUUUAUACGGAAUGAUUUUAGGAGUAUCUUAAGUAAAAACGUAAUAUAUAGAAUAAAACAAAUAAUACAUUUUUAAUGUUAUUUGACGUUUACAAAGCAAAUCUAAUUUAUUUAGUAAACAAAGCAAGUCUCUCAUGUAAAAUAUCUACUAAAAGACAGAAAAUAUCACUUUACCAACUGUAUUAUACAUAAAUCAUAUGAACAUUUUAAUAUUAGUAUUAUUAUAGCACAAUAAUAUUGAAUGUAAUUUAAAUACAAAUAAUAAUUGAAUUAAUAUAAAUGUACACAAGCAAAUACAUAGACUCAAUGAUGGGCUAAAAGUCUGCAGAAGUCGUUUGCAGAUUCUCUGUGAGCCUACUUAUAGCCUCUCUGCGAUGGUACAUCCAGCGAGUAAAUUAAUCAAAUGACACAGGGCUUCACGUUUGGUGUAAACCCACCAUAAGACAUAACUAACUUCUGCAAUUGUCCAGCUGUUAUUCCUGGAGAUCUUUUGGUCACUGAAACCGUCCUCUUUGGGAAAUAUAGACACAUGUCCUCUUCUAGACCUGCAGUUUGCUGACAUUUCUUAACAUUGAUGUUGAUGGUGGAACUGGCCAUUUCCUCCAUUUUGCACAACUCAACAACAUUUUGCAAUAAAUCACAGCUGUUUUUGGGCUUUUGGUCAUGAUGAAUGACUGAGCAAGUUUGGCCUGAGUUUUACCUCCUAUUUCUAGCCCUGUGAUGAUUAAACGAGUGUACUAAACAAGUAAAAUACCAAUGGGAAUCUACUUCAAAAACAUUUUGCUCAUAUGAAUUCAUUGGGGUGCCAAUAAUAUUGGAGCUUAUAUAUUUAUAGAGAUAAUUGUUUCUGAAUAAACUACCGUGUGCAAUUGUUUGUCCUCAAUGAGAGCAGGGUUUUUUGUUAAUAUUUUGAGCAAAAGAUCAAAAGGUUAAACAAUUAUGACAUUUCUUUCACAGCCGUCUUUUGCUAAUAUUUGCCUAGGGUGCCAAUAUUAGCAGAGGGCUCUUCUGUUUAUUAUUUUGCUGGAUAAAAACUGCAGUUUCUUAUGCUGUGACACACUUCAUUCCCAUUAUCAGAUCACUGUCUCUUACUCACUCUGAAACUAUGAGGAAGCUGUUGUAUCAGUCCCCGGGAACGACAUAAUGCAGACAGAUCUUCACCGUGUUUUUGGUUUCGAGGGGGUGGUGGGACAAUCACAUCAUAGCUGCAAGCAAGAAGGACAACGAUGAGAGAUUUUCCAGAAAUGUUUGACUUCAUUUCUUCAACAGAGCAAAAUAGCGGAGAGUUAAUGCACCAUUGACUGUUUCUUUUAUCAAAUGUUAAUAAAAAGUAAAUAUUUCCUUUAAGUAAUAUUAUAAAUACUGUAUUUUCCAGAAUAUUGUAUGUGUUUUGUAAUCUGAAAUAUGGCGUGACUUGCAUUCCAAAGGGCUGUUCACACAGAAACACCACGAGUUCUUCUGAUUGGUCCACUGCUUUGGAAAUGACACUGAUAAAUGGUGUUGCGUCACGCCAUCUUAAAAACAAAAUAUGCAAGACGUGAGACCAAUGGUCAUGUCCAUCCAUCAAGUGCUUGCAUGUUUACAUAGAAAAACAAUGGAAAAGUAGCACACUAGAAUGGAAAAACAUAUUCUGUGUGAACGGCCCACUAAGGUGUCUUAUACAAUACAGCAACAUUUCUUUUUAAAAA